AUGGAUGCCAAUCCUUGCCUACUAGUUUUCAUGUUGAUCCUCGGCCUCGGCCUCCUACUUUCACAGAUCACUCAUGUGGUUGAGGCUGUUUCUGCUCCUUCCUCUGCUGACGCUAAUGUUCCUUCCUUUGAUUUCCCAUAUAAGUUUAAGGCUGUGUCCAAAAGGCUGGAAUUUGGCCGAUUACGACCACCUCCGCCUAUUCCUCAUCGUCCGCCUCAAUUCAAGCCACCUAUCCGCCGCCCACCACCUAGCCAGCGCCCGUACAAGCGCAAGAGUCCACCUCCUCUACUGCCACGCUCGCCACCACCACCAUCGCAACCACCGGUGUAA